AUGUCCCACGACUCGGAGCAGAUAGAGUGCACAUUGAUCGGGGAGUCGGAUUUUGAUACAAGGAGCUGCAUCCAUGCAGCAGCAGGCACGGCAGCGAAGCUCUUGAAGCUCAACCUCGACCUUCCUGAAGCAACGUGGGAAGACGCCGCGCACGCCACCCAUCAGCAGCCCGCAAAGUGCUGUAAGAUCUCGAUCCCUGAGAGCUUGACGCUCCGACGAAGUUUUCUCAGCUUAUUCCAAGUGGAGGCUCUUGACAACCUGGAGGAGCUGAGCUGGAGAGUCUUGACCUGCUGUUCUCCCUCCAGCCAUGGGCGAAAACCCCCUGAUGGACUCGAUAGCGAGUCAGAGUCCCUGGGGGAGGGAGCCAACUACUUGCUGAUGCGAUCGAAGAGCCUUAAAGGAAGCUCGAGCAAGCAUCCUCCUAUCCUGCCAACAUCCCAAACAGAGAAGGAGAAUCCGCUGCAGAACGAAUUCGCGGGCGAGGACACCACGAACCAUAACCUUCCGCUCCCUGAGGUGAUCCAGAAGCUCGUCAAAGAAAAUGAUGUGCUGCGAUGGGACAACAUCCAGAAGUGCUAUCAAGUUCUCGACGGGGAACGAUUCAAAGAACGGUUCAACCAGCUCCGUGAGAUCCGGCAGAAGCACAAGGAUGGGGCCGUGGAGAGGCCGUUCAGCAGGAUGCACAACUUCUACAUCCUUGAGAGAGGAGAGAAGUGGGCCAAGACUGGGACCACGUUCCGACCCAAACACCCUCAGUAUGCUCCUAAGGGAUGUGUGAUAACGAUGGAGGACUGCAACAAGCAGAGAGAUCCCAACGCUUCGACAUGGCUGGGCUUCGCCGCCUCCUCCCGGUUCUUCGGGUCGAUGAGCCUCAACGGACAGGACUCGAUGAUGGCGACUGCUACAGCGCUGCAGGCGCUGGGAAAGAUGCCGAUCCCUGUGAACAGGAAGUCGACAACGCAGAGCAGCUGA